AUGACUAAGUCGGUGAUUCUGUGUGUUCUGUGUGUACUGACCAUCAUCUGUGUCUGCACCUACUCUGAAGCAUGCACGUGCAAUCCGGAACCAACACAUCCCCAGGCGUAUUUCUGUGGUUCAGGCCAAGGUUUUGUUAUAAAAGCAAAGAUUUUGAAGCGGGAAGGAGACAACAGGAAUUCUAUGGACAUCGCCUACACAGUAAAAAUAAUACAGGAUUAUACGAGACCCGCAGGGCAGUAUUAUAGGCGACCCAGUAUACAGAGAAUACACACGGCAUCCGAUUCGGCGGCUUGCGGGGCGUACUUCAGAAUUGGAGAGGAAUACAUAAUAACAGGUGAUUAA